GGGCUUCUCCGCCCGCGUGCUACUUGUGUUCGCAUAAAGGGGCCUUUCUUCCGGCAGCUCGUGGCCGGGCGUCAUGGCGACCCGGCAGUGACCAUUCCCGCGGCCGGCCCCUGGGGCCCUGAGCCCACGCUCGAGUUGCUGGAUAAAAUCAAGGACUCUCACUUACAUUGGAGUGAAAGAUAAAGAAGAUGUUACCAAGUACUUCAGUGAAUUCCUCAAUGCAUGGGAAUGGAGUCUUGAGUUCCAGGGAUGCAGCAAGACACACAGCUGGAGCAAAGCGCUACAAAUACCUCAGGAGGCUUUUUCGUUUUCGGCAGAUGGACUUUGAGUUUGCUGCCUGGCAGAUGCUCUACCUGUUCACUUCCCCACAGAGGGUUUAUAGAAAUUUUCAUUACAGGAAGCAGACAAAGGACCAGUGGGCCAGAGAUGACCCUGCUUUCUUGGUCUUGUUAAGUAUCUGGCUCUGUGUGUCCACUAUAGGAUUUGGUUUUGUGCUGGACAUGGGAUUUUUUGAGACAAUAAAACUUCUCCUAUGGGUAGUAUUCAUAGACUGUGUGGGCGUUGGCCUUCUGAUAUCAACCUUGAUGUGGUUCAUCUCUAACAAGCACCUGGUGAAACGCCAGAGCAGAGACUAUGACGUGGAGUGGGGCUACGCCUUUGAUGUGCACCUGAAUGCUUUUUACCCACUCCUGGUCAUCCUGCAUUUUAUCCAGCUGUUCUUCAUCAACCAUGUUAUCCUGACAGACACAUUCAUUGGAUAUUUAGUUGGAAAUACCUUAUGGUUGAUUGCGGUUGGCUAUUACAUCUAUGUAACCUUCCUAGGAUACAGUGCACUGCCAUUUUUGAAAAACACAGUGAUUCUUCUCUACCCCUUUGCACCGCUCAUUCUGCUGUACGGGCUGUCACUUGCCCUGGGGUGGAACUUUACCCAUGCUCUGUGUUCAUUCUACAAGUACAGAGUGAAGUGAGUGAAAGCCUGCUGUGAUGUUCCAUCUAAACUGUGGCAAUAGACCCGGAGAAGGAAGUUCCUGUAAAAUCUGUAAAUAAACUUAUCUUUGUAGAUAUCUUAAAGAUGUAAAGUUUACAAUCUGAGGAGAUAUGUUAACACAAUUGACAAGUGCAUUCCUUAAGACUAAUUAAUGUACAUUUCUAUAAUAAAUAUUUUUAAAGCAUC